CACACACACACUUAUAUAUAUACACACACACACACACACACAGCUGUCCGCUUGUCUUGGCUACGAAGAAAUAAACCAGGCUCGGUUAUAUCGAGGGGGGCAGAUAGUUCGCAGCAGGGGCAGAGAGCAGAGGGAUUCAGUCCGGGUCACAGCUGCAGGAGGGCGGCGGACACAGAGACAAGGAGCCGCUCAGACUUCCAGCGAUGCAGCCGCUGAGUGUCGCAGAUAGCUAACGGGUAGCGACGUCCCGACACACGGGGGACUGACAUCGAUGGCAACGCUAAACACACAAAAACACUAAAAAAAAAAAGAGGCGACGUCGACGAGAAAAAAGCGGGUCAGCUUCAAUGUUAUUGUUAAUUAAAAGCCACAUAUGCUCACAAUGCCCUACUCUGGAAACCUGGUUUGGGAUGUAAACAAACGUUUGAUUGGAUACAACGAGCCCAACACCAUCAGGACCAACUACCUGGGUAGAAGAGAAUUUGUCCAGAGGCUGAAACUUGAAGGGACACUGAAUGUACACGAUGGCUGUGUCAACACUAUAUCCUGGAACGACACAGGUGAAUAUAUCCUGUCGGGCUCAGACGAUACCUUUUUGGUCAUCAGCAACCCAUACAACAAAAAGGUCAAGAAGUCCAUACGUUCAGGUCACCGGGCAAACAUCUUCAGUGCAAAGUUCAUGCCUCACACGAACGGUCAGGAGAUCAUCUCCUGCUCCGGAGACGGCAUCAUCUACUACACCCACACCGAGAAGAGCCCCGAGUACAACAGACAGUGUCAGUUCACCUGCCACUAUGGGACAGCGUAUGAGAUUAUGACGGUACCAAAUGACCCCUACACGUUUCUGUCAUGCGGGGAGGACGGCACGGUGCGAUGGUUUGACCUCCGCAUGAAGACGAGCUGCACUAAAGAAGACUGCAAAGAUGACAUCCUGAUAAACUGUCGACGGGCAGCGACCUCCAUAUCCAUUUCCCCCCUGGUGCCGUACUACCUGGCCGUGGGCUGCUCUGACAGCUCGGUGCGCAUCUACGACAGACGCAUGCUCGGCACCAGAGCGACGGGUAACUACAUGGGCCGGGGGACGACGGGCAUGUGCGUGAGGUUCGUCCCCGCUCACCUGUCCAACAAGUCGUGUCGCGUAACUUCCCUCUGCUACAGCGAGGACGGACAGGAGGUGCUCGUCAGCUACUCCUCCGACUACAUCUACCUGUUUGAUCCCAAAGAUGACCAGGCCAGAGAGCUGAAGGGUCCGUCUGAGGAGAGGAGGGAGGAGCUGAGGCAGCCCCCAGUGAAGCGCCUCCGUCUGCGAGGUGACUGGUCUGACACUGGACCUCGAGCUCGCCCCGAGAGCGAGAGGGAGAGAGACGGAGAGCAGAGCCCGAACGUGUCUCUGAUGCAGAGGAUGUCGGACAUGCUGUCCCGCUGGUUUGAGGAGGCCAGCGAAGCUCAGACCAGCAGAGGGACUCGACCACAGUCGCGACCCAGAGGGACAGCUGUCCGUCCAGAGUCCAGUCCUCCGGCUGCCCCUGCAGGAGCCUCGGCUCAGGAGUCCAGCGUUCCCGAGAGGCCCGUAGGGACAGACGCCACCCCAGAGGUACCGGCUGGUCCCGUUGCUGCCGCCGCCGCCAUGCCUAAAUCCACUUCCUCCUCCUCCUCCUCCUCAGGGUCAUCAUCGACAGUCACAGCACCUCCUCCCUCGAGCUCCUCAUCCGUGGAGAGUUCGGCCCCUUCCUCCUCCUCCCCUCCCACCUCAUCGCCCGACUCGGAGCAGAGGAGUCAAGCGGACUCGACCGGGACGCCGACGCCGACUCCCACGCCGACCUCAGAACCUGCACUCUCAGAGUACGGUCCUCAUCGGCUGCCCAUAAGUUUAGUGUGUAGGCGUUUGCAGAGGUUACUUCGGCUGGCCGACCCACCAGGACGGGGUCCGCGAGCAGCCCCUUCUCCUUCUUCUUCUUCUCCUCCUUCCUCCUCUUCCUCUGCAGCCUCUGAGAGACAGUCACAAAGAGCUGCUGCUGCUGCUACCUCUGCUGCAGCCGCUGAGACGCAACCCCGUACAGAUUCGCCCUCGUCUGUGGUAAACAAACAGCUGGGAUCCAUGACUCUUGAUGAACAGCAGGGAGCGACAGAAGCUGCAGCUUCACCUCCUGAUCAGCCUGUCUCUGUACCAGCCAGCAGCAGCAGCGCUCCCACCUCCUCCACCUCCAACUCCACCUCUACGACAGUCACCAAUCGGCCCAGCACAGCAGAGCCGGUCCUCAGCUUACACUACAGCUCGGAGGGAACCACCACCAGCACCAUCAAGCUGGACUUCACUGACGAGUGGAGCAGUAGCACAUCCAGCUCUAUGGGCAGCGGAGGUCCCAAAGCGUCCGAGGCUGCAGCCGUGCAGAGCAGAGAGAGUCUAUUGAUGCAGAGUUCAGUGUCGGAGCAAGCUCCCUCCGGGUCCUCGGGGCAGCAGAGCACCGCCACCGCCUCCACAGAGCCGCCGUGUGACGCCUCCUGCUCCGGUGCCCUCGGCAGCUCGUCAGCUCAGGCCCCGGCGGAGGGCUCCUCCGAGGGAGGCGCCAUGGCUUCUGCACCGCCGGCAGAAGGUACGGAGGACACGUCGGGAGGCUGCAGGAGAGCCGAGCCCACAGCGGAGGAAGGAGAGGAGGGCCAGAGUCAGCCUGCGCGGGGAAACCAGGACUCCGACGACAGCGACGACGAUCCCAUUCUCAUCCCGUCGACGAGGUUCAGAGGACAGGGACAGAGAUUUAAUUCCAGAGGAUCUGCAGUAGGAGAUAGGAUGAUCAGACGCUCGGCCGCCGCUCGGAUCCAGGAGCUGUUCCGCAGGAGGAAAGAGAGGAGGGAGAUGGAGGAGAGCGAGACCCAAAAUAUCAGGAGACCGUCGGUGAAGAUGGUCUACAAAGGCCACCGCAACUCCAGGACAAUGAUAAAGGAGUCUUGUUUUUGGGGCAACAACUUUGUGAUGAGCGGCUCAGACUGCGGUCACAUCUUCAUCUGGGACAGACACACCGCCGAGCACCUCAUGCUGCUCGAAGCCGACAACCACGUGGUCAACUGCCUGCAGCCGCACCCCUACGACCCCAUCCUGGCCUCUUCAGGGAUAGACUACGAUAUCAAGAUCUGGUCGCCGCUAGAAGAGUCGCCGUCUUUUAACAGAGUUCUCGCGAAUGAGGUAAUAACUCGGAACGAGCUGAUGCUCGAGGAAACGAGGAACACAAUCACAGUCCCGGCCUCUUUCAUGCUCCGAAUGUUGGCCUCCCUUAAUCACAUCAGAUCAGAUCGACUAGAAGGCGAUCGCUCCGAAGGUUCAGGCCAGGAGAACGACGACGAGCAGUAGCCCGGCCCGUUGGCAUAUUAUUUUAAAGAAAACACUAUUUGUUUUUUUGCUGUAUAGCACUUGAAAACCUGAGAUUUGUACAAGUAUAGUGUAGAAUACUUCCUUUUGAAAAUUAGUGUAAUUUUUAGGCCCCCCUGUGUUUUUUUUAAGACGACUUUCUUACUGAUGUUUCUGUAUGAGGAUAAACUACAUCUGUGUGAAUGCAAAGGGCAAAGACGUCAGUAUAUACACAUAUAUAUCUAUAUAUAUAUAUAUGUCAAGUGUGAGAAUAAUGGCGGCUGGCGUGCAAGGAUGUUAAGUGCAAUAUUAUUUUGUUAGGAGAAAAUGAGCUUUGAACAGUGUUAACGUGUGACUUUUUGAAUUUGUAGCACAAAGCUAAGAAAUGUUGAUGUGCUGCUGCGGCAGUUCCGCAUGUAAACAUGGACACUAAGUAAAACAUAA